AUGAAAUCUACAAAGAAUUUGAAUACAAUCAUAGGCUAGGACUAAGAAUUCAAACGUUUAGAUGAGGAAUUAAUUUUAUCAUGUUCUGAUGAAUUUCAAUAGGAGCCCUAUUAGUAAAUUCCUUUGAAAACCAAUGUAAUCCAAACUUAGGUUGGAGCAAUGACAUAUAGAGAGUUAAAUUUAUAAUUAGAAGAAGAAAUGAUAAUAAAGAAUAAAUCUUUCUGUGUGCCAGCAUUAAAAUUUGUAUUUGAAGAGAUGCCGAAAAGUAGCCAAGCAUCAUUCUGCUUCUCAAAUUAAUUUAUAGGAAAGCAGAAAUCAAAAGAGUAUGCUGUUCCUGAUAUUUAAAUGGAGUAAAAAAAAUGAAAAAUCAAGUCCAUGAAUUAAAUCAAAUUUUUCAUUAAAUUUCGAUUAUAAGUUUUAU